AUGCUGUGCACGGACCAGCUGCGCACGGACCAACGCGCACAGCCUGCCCUAAUCCCCCCAUCUGCCGGCGUCCCUCGGGACUCCCAUAAACUCACAUUCAUUUCCUACAGGUCGGGUGGUGCGCACCCUUACUUUACUCUACGAUACCAUGCGCACCUCCCCGUUCUCCCCCCAUCCAUCGUGGCUGCCUGUCAAGGCCAGAUUCAUGCGUUUGACUCCCAGGAUCUCAUCGACGUCUACAUCCCAGAUGGCCCUGAGACUGCCCUCUACCGUUGCGAGCAGCAACCAUGCCCAAAUUGGACACCCCGAUCGAUCGAGGAGGGUUACCCCCGCUACAAGGCAAUCAGACGGGCUCAACACCCACUCGGUCCCCGCAGCACCCUCGCGUCUCGCUCCGCCUCACGGCAUUCUCGCCCUGUCUCCCCUAGCUCCCGACUUCCUCAAACUGUUGUCACCGAUCCAAGUCAAGCGCGAGGAGAUCUCCCUCCAGACCCUGCGCCAGAGCCUGAGCCUGAGGAGAGUGCGAGUAAAGAAGGAGUCUCGGAGUCCGAGUCCGCGGAUCCUGCUCGGCCCGCCUCGCCGACAGCGCUCGCCUCCACGUCAGCAGUCCCUGAC